AUGGACUCCAUAACCCACCUAACCCAAAAACUCCUCGCCGAACGCGCCCGCGCACGCACCCAAGCACCACCACCACCCUACUCCACCGCCGUCUCCGACGACGCCGACGCAGACUCCUCGGACGACGAAGCCGAAGACGAAGACUCCAAACCCAUCUCCCUAACCAUCAACGCCGGCAGUUCCAUCCAAGGCUGCAACAACUUGGUGCCGGUCUCUUCAUCACCACUGGCCGACGCGACAAAGUUCAGCGCGUUAUUGCUGCACGCGAUUACUCGGAUUAAUGCUGAAAGUCAGGCUGCAGCGCCUGGGAGGAAGCAGUUGAAGGUGGAUUUGACGAUUAAUUGUAGUCUGACGAUCGUGGGCGAUAGGAAUGUUGUUGGAAAUGUUGGGGUUAGGCCGAGACAGGGUGGUGUGAGUGCUGGUGCUGGACCUGGUGUUGCGUCACAGACUGUUGUUGCGGGUGCGAAGAGGAAGGCUGAGAGUGGUGGUGAGGAGGAGGAGGAGGCUGAGCAGCCGGCUGCUAAGGUGGUCAAGAUGGAGGCUUGA